AUGACAACGCACCAUCCACGGCAAUUCCCAAUAAUACUGAUCACCGGUACACCCGGUACAGGUAAAACCUUACAUUCGGCAUUAUUAUCACAAGAGAUGUCGGAUUCGGAAUCACCUAUGAAACAUGUGAAUAUAGGUGAUGUGGUGAAAGAGAAUGGGUUUCAUGAAGGAUGGGAUGAUGAGUGGAAUUGCUGGAUAGUGGAUGAAGAGAGAUUAUUAGAUCAUCUAGAAGGUGUCGUUAAUCCAGAAUCAGGUCCAGCGGAAACUGGCUUCAUAAUAGAUCAUCAUGAUCCUUCUUUAUUCCCCGAACGAUGGAUUGAUCUAGCUGUAGUAUUGACAUGUGAUAAUUCAGUUUUACAUGAACGUCUAACAUCCAGAAAUUACCCAUCAAACAAAAUAACAGAAAACGUUACAGCAGAAAUAAUGCAAACAUGCCUAUCUGAAACUCGAGAAUCGUACGACGAAGAAAUUAUCGUUGAACUGACUUCUGAAGGUAAAGAUGAUAGUGAAGUCGAGGAAAAUGUAGGAAGGAUAGUUUCGUGGAUUGAACAAUGGAGAAAAGAUAGACAAGGAGGUGUACAUGGCCAAUAA